GCGGGGCCCGGGGCAACCGCUCUUUGGUUGGGGGCGAUGCAGACACGGGCCCCGCGGGGCUUCCUCCUUCUGCUCCUCUUCCUCCCGCUGCUGCCGCCACGCGGCGCCUCCGCCGGGAGCCUGCACGGCCCAGGCCUGUCCGAGUGCUUCCAGGUGAAUGGCGCCGACUACCGCGGCCACCAGAACCGCACGGGUCCGCGCGGGGCCGGCCGCCCGUGCCUGUUCUGGGACCAGACGCAGCAGCACAGCUACAGCAGCGCCAGCGACCCCCAGGGCCGCUGGGGGCUGGGCCCGCACAACUUCUGCCGGAACCCCGACGGCGACGUGCAGCCGUGGUGCUACGUAGCCGAGACAGAGGAGGGCAUCUACUGGCGCUACUGCGACAUCCCCACGUGCCACAUGCCCGGAUACCUGGGCUGCUUCGUGGAUUCGGGGGCACCCCCCGCCCUCAGCGGCCCCAGCGGCACCUCAACGAAGCUCACGGUCCAGGUGUGCCUUCGCUUCUGCCGCAUGAAGGGCUACCAGCUGGCGGGCGUGGAGGCUGGCUACGCCUGCUUCUGUGGCUCUGAAAGCGACCUGGACCGGGGACGCCCGGCCCCAGCUACCGACUGUGACCAGAUUUGCUUCGGCCACCCGGGCCAGCUGUGCGGCGGCGACGGCCGUUUGGGCAUCUACGAAGUGUCCGUGGGCUCCUGCCAGGGCAACUGGACCGCUCCUCAGGGCGUCGUGUACUCCCCGGACUUCCCGGACGAGUACGGGCCGGAUCGGAACUGCAGCUGGGCGCUGAGCCCGCCGGGCGCCGCGCUGGAGCUCACCUUCCGCCUCUUCGAGCUGGCCGACCCGCGCGACCGGCUGGAGCUGCGCGACGCCGCCUCGGGCAGCCUGCUCCGCGCCUUCGACGGCGCCCGCCAGCCGCCGCCCGGGCCUCUGCGCUUGCGCGCCGCCGCGCUGCUGCUCACCUUCCGCAGCGACGCGCGCGGCCACGCGCAGGGCUUCGCGCUCACCUACCGCGGGCUGCAGGACGCCACUGACGACCCGGUGCCCAAGGGCUCGGCGCAGACCCCCGCAGCGCCCCCCGACUGGGCCAACGUGAGCUGCAGCCCCCAGCCUGGGGCUCCGGAGGCCGCGAUGGGGGCCCGGGUCUUCUCGACGGUGACGGCCAUCUCGGUGCUGCUGCUGCUGCUGCUGUCGCUGCUGCGUCUGCUGCGCCGACGGAGCUGUCUGCUGGCUCCGGGGAAAGGCCCCCCGGCUUUGGGGCCUUCCCGGGGCCCCGGGAGAAGCUGGGCUGUGUGGUACCGCCGGCCUCGAGGGGUGGCCUUGCCCUGCCCUCCCGGGGACCCUCAGGCUGAGGGUCUAGCCGCGAGUUACCGGCCCCUGAGCGCCUCCAGCCAGAGUUCCCUGCGCUCGCUCAUCUCUGCUCUCUGACUUGGGACCCCCAGGGUCCAGUGGACCCUCCCCAGCGGGAUGGACACCUGAGACUUCAUACCGCACUCUGCAUUGACCUUCUGCCCCUGUAAGGGCAUCUCUGUCCCUGGUCAUCCGUGGAGGCCAGGCAUUGGACAGGAAGCAUCUGAUGCUGUUAGUGAGAACUUGGUCUGACACUCGGGGUCCAGAUGGUUGAGGCCAAAGGGCAAGAGGAAUCCCAGCUUC